AUGGCUGCACUUCUCGCAUCCAACGAUGACCCAUCUACAUCCGCACCUAUGUCCCGGUCUUCUUCAAGUACGAGCGAGUCAGAGACAACGUCAGAGAUGACUUUGCCCAUGGAGAUGUCGCCUAUGGAAGGACUAGGAAACAUCUAUGUCCAUCAGUAUAUGGGGAUCGAAGCUCUGCAAGAGCAAAUCAGGUCACAGUGUGCUGAGUUGCAGACUGCUGGUACGAAUCAGCAGUACCUCGUAUUCCGUGGAGUCACAAAACGGGACCUUACAAAGAUGGACCGUCAGCGUGACGCCAUAGGGAAAGAUACUCGAAUGAGCUACUACGUCGACUCUGAUCUACUAGUUAUCAAGUUGAUGCCCUCAGUGGUGCACGAAAUGCCCCACCUUAGCCUAGCUAAGAAAUUGGAUCGCGCACUUGGCAGAAUGGGCAUACCGGAGGAAGCCCUCGUUCCUCUCGGCGCCGGGAGAUUCUCCAGCACUCGCUCCUCUAAGGAGGCGGACGGAGCAUUUAAGCCUGACUCCAGAGAGAGCAAAAGCGAUUGGCCCACAAUUGUUUUUGAGUCUGGCCUCUCCGAAUCGCUCCCUCGGUUGAGAUGUGAUGCAGCAUGGUGGCUUGAGAAAUCAAGAGGAGACGUCAAACUUGUGAUCAUCAUCUCAGUCAGGCCAGCCAAGAAGGAGCUACGUGUGGAGAAGUGGUGCCUUUGUCCGCUUCCUCCAAAUCGGCCGGUCACCAGAGCAUCUUCGAGUCCGAAUUCAGUACUCCCGACAAAAGUGCAGCAUAUCGCCAUUACGCAAAAUCAGACUCCUGGACAGCCCAUUCAACAAGCCAACACUGCUCCACCAACCGUCGUUGUUCUGCCAGGUACUACUCCAUCAUAUGCGGUGACAGGGGCACCCAUGAUCCUGGAAUUUCAGAAAAUCUUUCUCCGGCCCCCAGUGCCUCCAGAAGGCGACAUCGUCCUUAGUGCAAUGGACCUGUCGUUGUGGGCGAAUGGUUUCUGGAAAUGCGUUAAGUAG